AAAUUUUCCUCCAGCUCCCGCAACGCAGAGCAGAACAGUUUUCGUUUUUCGUGUUGGUGCGCGACCUUCUCCUCCACUCUCUUCCUUGGCGGGGCCAUUCCUCGUGACCACCGUUCCGUGUCGUGCCGUGUCACGCGUUCCCUUUCCCCCUCCUCGACCAGCCAGUCAGUCAGUCAGCGGAGCAGAAAAAGGUUUGGCCGUCUCCUCAGUGAAAUAGACGCAGCGAACGAAGAAAGUGGUGCGAUCGUGUUGUCGGAAACGGGAUUUUUUCUUCGGGGGAUUUCGUCCGGAUAACAAAUUGGUUCCGGUCCAGUCGGGGUUCCGUUAUUGCACGUUCUGCGGGACCCAAGGGACACCAUGUGAAGGAGGGGCAAGUGUUUAAAAAUUUAAGAAUCUCAAGAAAUAGCUAAGAAUCUCAAUCGAAUUUCAACUCCGAAAUCGUCGUCGUUCUCGUUCCGGGUGAAUAAUUCAGUGCAUGUGUGAGUUUGUGUCAAUCCGUAAGAAAAGAGUCCUGGAAUUAGUUAUUCUUGUUCGAAGUGAGUGUCCUUUCGAAAGGAAAUAAAAUAGUGUGGCUAAAGGAUACGCAAUUUGGAAGGCCAAAAAAGAAAUAGUUUGUGUCUCGUGACUAGAGCCAAGACAGAAAAGUUGCACCAUAACAAGCUGGUUGCUGUUCUGGGCCAUCUCAGGAUUUGGGAUUUAAACAGGAUUUCCCCGGAGGACCCCGCAUGCUGUUGUUCUGCCGAAAUGAUGUUAGCCCACAGUAACGCCCGGUAGACGGCCGUCGUUGUUACACCGCGCGACUUUGCUCCUAAAUGGCCCCAUGGCGUUGUGCAGCCGUGGCCACGCACUCAAGGCGACACUGCUGGUGGCAUUCCUGCUGAUACUGCUGAAUCUGUUCGGUUCCCGCCGGGACACGGCCCCGAUGAGCGCCACGCAAUGGCCAAAACGCACAAGACCUAGCCCGGACGGGGCCGGCGGAGGCCAUCAGCAGCAACCUCAACAGGCCACCAAUCAAACAAUCCACAGCAGCAACAAUCAAACGGGUCCGCCCGAUCUCCUUCCGAGUUCUUCUCAACUUCUCAACGGCACUGCUCCGACCACCCCCAAGGGACACAACAACGAAACAAAGCCGCCGGAUGCGGUGGUGGCAGCAGCGGCGGCGACGGCCACGGCGAUUGGUGGCCACAACGAUACUACUAAAAAUUCCACUAGUUUAAGCAGAACUGAGAAUCUCGUAGAUGAUAAUAGCGUUGGAGGCAAUGUCAGUAGCAGCACUAGUUUAAGGCAUCGAAACGACUCGUUGAAUCUGGUCCAGACUGAGGAUGGACAGGAAGGCAGCUGUCCACCGAUACCGCCUAGUUUAGAUGGUCCCUACGAAGUGGACCCCACGUACGAACCGCUGACCUCGGUGGAGCAAAAGCUAGCUCCCAAGCUGCAACCCGGUGGCCAGUACAGACCGCGCGAGUGCCGGGCUCGCGACCGGGUGGCGAUCGUCGUGCCCUAUCGAGACCGCGAGCAGCACCUGCCGGUGUUCCUCAAGAACCUGCAUCCAUUCCUGAUGAAGCAGCAGAUCGAGUACGGCGUGUUCAUCGUCGAGCAAGCCACCGGAUCGCAGUUCAAUCGGGCGUCCCUCAUGAACGUGGGGUUCGUCGAGGCGCUGAAACAGAAGCCGUGGGACUGCAUGGUCUUUCACGACGUGGACCUGCUGCCGAUGGACGACCGCAAUCUGUACACGUGUCCGGAUCAACCGCGGCACAUGUCCGUCGCCGUUGACACCUUUGGCUUCAAGCUGCCCUACACGACCAUCUUUGGUGGCGUUUCCGCGAUGACCGUGAAGCAGUUUCGCACCGUGAACGGCUUCUCCAACUCGUUCUGGGGCUGGGGCGGCGAAGACGACGACAUGUCCAAUAGACUGAAACACGUCGGUUUCCACAUUGCACGCUACCCGAUCAAUAUCGCACGCUACACCAUGCUGUCCCACAAGAAGGAGAAGGCGAACCCGAAAAGGUACGAAAAGCUCAACACCGGUUCGAAGCGAUUCGACAGUGAUGGAUUGAACUCGCUGCACUACCGCCUGAUUAACCUGAUCCGCAAGCCGCUGUACACCUGGGUCCACGUGGAAAUUUCACCCGAGAGCAGCUGAUGACCGUCGUUCCUGCCGAAUUGGCUCGGGUGAAACGUAUCGGUGGUAACCUCUGAGCGAGUCGCUCUCCAACAGCAGCGCGGUGGCCAAUACGGUGGCAACUCCACGAACAUUUUAAAGUUAUGAGGAAAACCGAUGAUAUGCACAAACAUACACAUUCACACAGACUCCUCUCCCUUCCCUUUGCACGUGUUGUUAUCUGUUUUCCCAAGGGGUUAUUUUUUUGUAAUUUUUUUUCGUUCUUUUUUUUUGUUGCGUUAAAAGUAGUGUAAAGUGUACGUAAGUAAAUUGUGCAAAGUGAGAUAUGUUCGGAAACUGUGUUACUUAAUUUAGAGAAAAGGGCUUAGAGCAUCAUUUAUUUGAUAUUUAUUGGAAGCAAAAUAAAAAGGAAAUCUCGUUCAAGUGAAUUAAAAUUAUUAGUGUUUAUUUGUUUCGCAAGCAGCUUCACAAAUGUCUGUGUUUUAAAAACACUAAAACAAAAUCAUUGACCAAAUAGGGUUAAAAAUGUAAUUAUUUUGAUUCGAAUUUGUGGGACUCAAAGGUAAGGUUCCGUCCUGCUGGCGAUAAGAUGAGGACUCAUUUGGUUUCGACACGAGACUUGGCACGGCACUGAAUGAUACUUGAGUUUUCAGCACAAAGUUUACACUACAAAUAGAAGAAGAGUGCGAACAAAGCAAAGCUAAUUGAUGAAACGUAAAAGUAUUACCGGCAAAAUGUGGAAGAAAGGUUUGAAACACAAGUUGAACUUAAACGAAAUCAGCAAAACAAAAGUGAUUGAUAUUUUCUCUUAAGUAGAACAUAUUUAUAAUUAGUUGAACAAAAAUAGACAUGAUCCAGGAUUGAUUGCAUUGGAGAACAAAAUAUAUCGCAGUUACUUUUCAAGUGAGAUUGAAGAGCGAAAUCAAGUCAAUUGGGUGAAUCUUUAAGCGAAAUCUAUUCGAAUCGUUUUCAAAUUGAAAACAACAAAUUCCGACUUUUUUCAACGUGUUUGCUAAAUUCACUUAAAACCGUUAUCCGAAUCCUCAUAAGUUAGAUUCGUAGUUUUAAACAAAGUUUAUUUUUCUUACCAGUAGAAGACUGUUCCCUUAAGGAAAGCAACAAAAAAAAACAAUUAGAUAAUUUAUUCUUGCAAAAUGUAAACCGUCAAUUUCUCCUCCCCUUAAAAAGUAAAGUAAGUAGAACUUUCUCCAAUUCAAACGAUAUUUUUCCAAUCAGGAUUAAGUUUUCUACUAGGACAACGUUAAACGCUGCUGCAAAUACCGCAAAAAAAAACAAAGGUAAAAAAACAACCAUAAAACCUAUAGUAUUACUAAAUAACGACAAUACACAGCACACGAAAACACUCGCGGUUUUCCAGCAGAUUCUUAUUCCAAAACUUUAAAACCAAAAAAAAUCUCACAUCCAACGCAACCGAAAGAGAGAACGCGACGAUACGAUAAACAUUGAAAAUUCAGUUUUCCACUAUAGCUGCUGAAAACCAUCGCACAAAGGCUAACCCACAUUUUGGUUCCGGAUCUCUUCAACCCAGUAAAAAAAUAAGAAAUCUAAAAAGUGCCAUAUCACUUACGAAUCAAAAUGAUAAUAAUUACGAAUCGAGCGUUGAAAAUCACAGCAAAAAAGAAAACAAAACGAAAACAUUUCUCAAAGCAGCCUAAAGGAGCCAUUGCACUACCGCAAAUAAACAAACAAACUCGCACUUUUUCGUGUUUGACAGUUUACCAAACUCGCCAACAUUCAAAAUGUAUGCAAGCUGACGUUUGUACAAACAAAUCCAGGCAAACUGUCAAAAAGUGCGAGUUUUUUUUGUUUGCCGUAAUGUAAUAGCUCCUUAAUAAAUCUAGUAAUCAGUAAAUCAGUAAUGUGUGCGCGUGGCAUGAGGCAAAAACAAAAAGCUGCAAAGUAAAAACUUUUUUAUUUCCGUAGCACAAAAGUGAGAAUCUUAAAACAAAUAUUAUAAAAGCAAACAAAACUGGAAUUACAAUAAAAGGCGGUUUUUAUAGUCGA